AUGUCCUCUGACCAGGCUACAGAGCCAGAAGUGUUGCACGUCGGUCUCGGAAUGCUGACCUUCAUCGGUUUGCACGGAUCCAACGGGAGCCGCAUCUGGCGGUACUUUUUCGCCGUCGGUUGGCUACUGGGAAAUAUCAUUCUGCCGAAGGCAAUUCUCGGUUCCGGCCAGGAAGGAUUCGAUUCCGUGGCCAGAAGCCUUGCGGAAAUGAUCUUCUUCUCGGACGCUUGCCUGGCGGUUUCGAUUUUUGUGACCCGCCGGAAACCGUUCGAGCAGAUGGUUCGUGUUUUGCAGGAGAUCUUUGCACGGUACGAAGCCGGGGAGUGUCUGGACGAAGUACGUGGGUUCAACCUUCGGAUGAAGAAAUUCGCGACGGGAUACGUUACGUAUAUCAAAUUUUUGGUGGUGUUAUUUCUUGGGGUUCCGAUCGUUUGGACACUCUGUGUAGAAAUUUUCCUGUCAGAAGAUGAACGGCAUGAGUAUAUGUUGGUGGUCGAAGUGGAAUACUUUUAUUUGGAUAUUCGGCGAAACCUCAUUCACUAUCUCAUCUAUUUCGCAUUCUGUGCGCCGGCCGUGAUAGUUUCAGCAUAUCAAAGCUGCAUCAAAGCAACAGUUUUCCUAACGUCGCUACAGUAUGGAGGUAAGCUGUUCGAAUUGAUUAAAAUCAGAAUCCAGGGUCUUGAAGCCGUGGAACCCGGUGCGAAACGUCGGGACGAACUUCGGAAAAUCGUCCAACUGCACGAGAUGUCACUGAGGUACACGCAGCUACUGGAAGAAACAAUGUCAUUCAUAUUGAUCAGUCAAAUGAUGAACUGUAUGGCAAUAUGGUGUUUGAUGAUGGUAUAUCUCUCGACGAACUAUGGACCAAAUGCCGGAAACGUUGUUGUCUUGUUUAUCGUAUUGAUAGGGGAAAUGUUCGUCUAUUGUUCUAACGGAACUCGUCUGAGUGAAAAUGCACUAGAAGUAAGCAAUGCCAUCUACAACCACAAAUGGUACAACGAGCCAGUAGGUAUGCAACGUGACAUGCGAUUUAUGAUACAACGAGCGCAGAAGCCGACAGGGGUCACCGCGGCGAAGUUCUACUUCGUGAACAACGAACGGCUGGGGAUAAUAAUACAAGCGUCCUACUCCUACUAUUUGCUUCUGAAAAGUCUGUUCUAA